GCGGUUAACGUUUGCAAGAAGAACUACAACGAAGGUUGUAUUUAAGUGGUCAUCUAACGCAACGAGCUAAAACGAAAGAUAGGGUAAACAAUGGGUUCGAUCCUCAGUCGAAGAAUCGCUGGUGUCGAGGAUAUUGACAUUCAAGCAAAUUCGGCAUACAGAUUUCCACCUAAAUCGGGAAACUAUUUUGCAAGUCACUUUUUCAUGGGAGGGGAGAAGUUUGACACCCCACACCCAGAGGGGUACCUCUUUGGGGAGAAUAUGGAUCUUAAUUUCCUUGGAAACCGUCCUGUUCAGUUUCCCUAUGUAACUCCAGCACCUCACGAACCCGUUAAGACUCUGAGGAGUCUGGUUAACAUUAGGAAGGACUCCCUGCGCUUGGUGAGGUACAAGGAUGAAGCUGAUACACCUACCGAGGAAGGGGCAAAACCCAAAGUACUAUACGGUGUAGAAUUCACCUUUGAUGCAGAUGCGCGAGUGGCAAUAACUAUUUACUGCCAAGCCUUUGAGGAAUUCUCCAAUGGGAUGGCAGUUUAUAACCCAAAAGGACCUGCUUUUGUCUCCGAAACUGUGCAUUAUAAGAGAGGGGUUAGCCAGCAGUUCACCCUACCCUCCUUUAAGAUUGAUUUCUCUGAGUGGAAAGAGGAGGAUCUGAACUUUGACUUGGACAGAGGAGUGUUCCCCAUGGUUAUCCAGGCUGUGGUGGAUGAGGGUGAUGAUUGCCUGGGACAUGCGCAUGUGCUGUUGGCAGCUUUUGAAAGGCACAUGGAUGGCAGCUUUUCAGUGAAGCCUUUAAAACAGAAACAAAUUGUGGAUCGAGUGAGCUACUUGUUGCAAGAGAUUUACGGAAUUGAAAACAAGAACAACCAGGAAACAAAGCCGUCAGACGAUGAGAACAGUGACAACAGCAACGAGUGUGUGGUGUGUCUAUCAGACCUGCGAGACACCCUUAUCCUGCCGUGCAGGCACCUGUGUCUCUGUAACUCCUGUGCCGACACGCUCCGCUACCAGGCCAACAACUGUCCCAUCUGCCGACUGCCAUUCCGGGCCCUGCUGCAGAUCCGAGCUGUGAGGAAGAAGCCUGGGGCCCUGUCUCCCGUCUCCUUCAGCCCUGUUCUGGCCCAGACCAUGGACCAUGAUGAGCACUCAAGCUCAGAUUCUGUCCCUCCUGGCUUUGAGCCCAUCUCUCUCCUGGAGGCUCUGAACGGAUUACGCGCCGUGUCUCCAGGCAUUCCGUCUGCUCCCCUCUACGACGACAUCAACUUCUCGGGCAGCCUGAGCGGGGACAGCCGACAGCUGGGCUCCCCUGAGCACUCUGGAGACAGCAGCCUCUCCAAGAGCAAAGUCAGCAAGUCACCCGACAGCACUCUCAGGUCUCCCUCGUCACCGAUCCAGGAGGAGGAUGAGGAGAAGCUGUCCGAGUUGUCCGACGCACAGCCUCACACGCUGCUCUCCAGCAGUCCUGCUCCCACUGAGGCCACUGCAGGAGAUGAUGUCCCUGACUCUCUUAGCCCUGAGGAUGAGGACAGACAGCACUCUGGAGAGGAGAUCCUGCAGGACUGCAGCAGUGAGCACAGCAGCCUGACCAAAACCGAGAGUGACCCACACGGGGACCUGUCUCUCCCAGGGUCGUCCGAGUCGACGGAGAGUCUGAAAAGCGCCGGCACUAACUGCUCCAGCCUGCCUCUCCUCAGUCCCUCAAGCUUUUUGCACAUGGAGGACGAGUAACUGGACCAUUAACCCAUUAAUAAACUCUCUUUGUGCCGCUCGUCAAGAGCUCCAAGCACAAACACCAUCCUGAGGCUCCACCUUAGGUUUCUCCUUUUAAGAUAGAUUUCCAACAGACACACACUAAUAGGUUCACUUCUGUCUUCACUUUAGCCUAAGGAUCAUCCGCUGUGUGCUCGGUUUAAUCAUUCAAAUAGUCAUGAAGAUCUUGGUUCGGAUUGGCUGGGCUCUCAACCAUUUGGAAACAUUUCGGGCAUACUGUAGAUGCAACACUAACCUCCUUUUGGUUGGAACUUAAAGCACACUCAAGCUUAACACUUCACUCAGUUUUUCACA